GUCAGUGGCUCUUCCUUCGACCCGCUGCCGCAGAGUUGACUAGACUUGCGUGUGGUCGAGCGCUUCCAGCCUGCGGCUUUUUUUGCGAUUCCCCGGAGAUGGCCUUUAUGGUAUUUGUCCCAAUGGCUGAGGGGGCUCCCCAGGCUCAGGAUACGUUUUGCCCUAUAAAAAUGAGGACUCUUGCCCCGUUCAAACUGUGCACACUUUCCUGGAUCCGAGCACUGCACCCUUAGGGUCACUUUCUCUAAGACUCUCCUGGUCAAGAAUGCUGGCCAUUUGAAGCCCUCUUCCUCCGUGGACUGCUCUACCCCAUUCUUUGGAUAGAAUUGCAAGCAGACAGAUGCAGGUGAUUGCCUCAUGGCCGCAGAUAAACCAGUUCAUUCAUCCUGUGUUAAGUGUAACUUGGACACAUUCUUUAGAGAUCUAUUGUACUUGAAAACUCACAGAAGACGUUGUUACUUGUAUUCACCCCAGCAUUCUUGUACCUGAAAUACCUUGCUUUUGGAAUGAAGAGGGUUAGACAAACAGAUAAAGCUGUAAGUCCAGUUCUUCAAAUGCUACACAGAACUAAAAAGCAAAAAACUGGUUACUACAACACAGUGUUUGACACAUCUCAUCCUCAUGCCAUGAUAGACUGGGGAAGUCUGCCCCACCAUGUAGUCUUUCACAUAUUUCAGUUCCUACCUCUUGUGGAUCGAGCUCGUGCAUCUUCCGUUUGUCGAAGAUGGAAUGAAGUGUUUCAUAUCCCUGACCUUUGGAGGAAGUUUGAAUUUGAGCUGAAUCAACCUGCUACAUCAUACCUGAAGUCUACUCACCCAGAUCUUAUCCAGCAGAUUAUUAAGAAGCAUGCUGACCACUUGCAAUAUGUCAGCUUCAAGGUUGACAGUAGUACUGAGUCUGCAGAAGCUGCCUGUGACAUCCUUUCUCAGCUGGUGAAUUGCUCUAUCAAGACCCUUGGCUUGAUUUCAACAGCGAAACCAAGUUUCAUGGAUGUUUCAAAGGCUCACUUUGUAUCAGCACUGACAGUAGUGUUUGUCAAUUCAAAGUCAUUAUCUUCCAUCAAGAUUGAAGAUACACCGGUAGAUGAUCCAUCUUUGAAAGUUCUUGUUGCUAACAAUAGUGAUACUUUAAAAUUGCUUAAAAUGAACAGCUGUCCUCAUGUGUCACCUGCUGGAAUUCUGUGUGUUGCAGACCAGUGUCAUGGCCUUAGGGAGCUUGCUCUUAACUACUACUUACUAAGUGAUGAACUGCUGCUGGCUCUUUCAAGUGAGAAGCAUGUUAAUCUUGAACAUCUUCGUAUAGAUGUUGUCAGUGAGAAUCCUGGACAGGUUGAAUUUCACACCAUCAAAAAACAAAGCUGGGAUGCACUUGUCAAACACUCUCCCAAAGUCAAUAUUGUGAUGUAUUUCUUCCUGUAUGAGGAAGAAUUUGAUGCAUUCUUCAGGGAGGAAACUCCUGUAACUCAUCUUUAUUUUGGUCGUGCAGUUAGUAAAUCAAUGCUGGGCCGUAUUGGAAUGAACUGCCCAAGGCUAAUUGAAUUGGUUGUGUGUGCUAAUGGCCUUCAACCACUGGAUGAUGAAUUAAUUCGCAUAGCUGAACGCUGUAAAAAUCUAACUGCCAUGGGACUUGGUGAAUGUGAAGUGACAUGUCGAGGCUUCAUUGAAUUUGUAAAGAUGUGUGGAGGCCGGCUCACCCAGCUAUCAGUCAUGGAGGAAGUGCUUAUUCCAGACAGUGACUACAAUCUGGAUCAAAUUCAUUCUGAAGUUUCAAAGCACCUUGGUAGAAUGUGGUUCCCUGAUAUGAUGCCAACGUGGUAAAGAGUCUGUAAGACAAAAGGCCAAAGUAGCCAGCAGUGGCUGUACAGGGCAUUGCUCUCUAUGCAAAUAAGGAAUUGCAAAUAUGAUACUGAAUGAUGUAUCCCAGUUUAUUGCCGUGUCAGUGGCAUGCCACAUUAAAAUGAAGUAUACUGAGUAGUCUACAAAUUGAAAGUAUAUUUGUUAAGUAAUAUAUGCUUAGUUUAUCCUCCUAAAAAUAGGAGCAUUUUUUAAAAUUGAUUUGUGUUUAAUUACUAAGUGCUUGAUUUAGUACAGGAAUACUGCAGUAUUAGUAUUUCUGGUGUGGCUAAACUGUUUGGCCUUCUUAGUAAAUUUUGCAUAAUGGUUGUUGGUAAAGUGCGGUUUUUCCUGUUUUUUUAAAAAUUAAAACAGUGAUAAUGUACAAACUUGUAAAAA